UGUCACAGAUUCACACCGUGGCUAUUGUUGACAGCAGUUCCAGACGCAGCUGUGCGACACGAGCGUGUGUUCUGUUGCUGACACUUCGCUGGAACUCGUUCAAGCAGCCGGAUAGCUAUUAUCAGCUAGCACGUCGGAAGACUGAGAGGCCAAAGGAUCAUCGUCGAGGAAUUCCAAGACUGAUUGAUAAGAUGAGCGGCAGAUCGCAAAUGUCAGCGAUGAAUGGGAAAAGGCCUUCUACAAUGCCCUCUAGACAUCAGCCAGAGAUUUGCCAGACAGAACCGGUUGCUCUGGCGCAACAUUUUGACUUGAUAAAAUAUAUUUAUGACUCGUGGAAUUCUGUAUCUAGAGAGCUAGAUAUGUGUCAUAAUCAACCACACAGUAAUACCUCCAAUUACAGAAAUGGAGCGUCAGUUACGUAUUACCAAGAACGCGAGCCGAACCCACAGCUGAAGGAUUUCGAGCCAUUCAAUUUGGAGGCGUGGUGGGGACAACGCGUUGUACAAAGUAUCACUAGGAAUGCGAGUUCCUAGUGCCAGACCCAACACAUUGACUAUAAUCGGACAUUUUCGAACAGACACAAGAAACAGAAGAGAUAAACUGGCAAUCCGCAAAUUCAACCUUUUCUUUUAAUUUAUAGACAAGAUUCGCGCGUUAUACACUGAAAAGAAAGAGACGAAAAAAGCGGUGAAAGAUGAUAUUUUACACACAUAUAUAUAUAUAUAUAUAUA